AUGCUAAUUGCUAGACCCGAAUACUUCACUAACCCCGACAGUAAAGAAAAAUGGUUAACAGCCUUACAUAAUAAAGUUAAAGAAAGCAAAGAAACCUUGGAACAAGUUAUUAAAACUGAACCUGACAAACUCUCCAAAAUUGCCCGUUUAGAAACCACCAUCCAAGAAUUAACCCAAGCCAAAACCCAAAUCAGCCAACAAACUCAAACUGAAUUCAGCACUCAAAAUAAAGGAACUCAAACCGAAUUAACCGCUGAACAAAUCACUAAAUUAGAACAGGAUAGUCAAACCUUUUUAAAACUUCUUCAAGCCACCGAGCAAGAAUUAACCAACACUAAAAAACAACUAACUCAAAUUCAAGAACAAUUAACUAACCAGAACCAAGAAAAAGUCCAACAAGACCAAAAAAUAACCCACUUAGAACAACAAAAAACCAAAAACGACCAAACCAUAACUUCUCAAAAAGAAACUAUCACUAAUUUACAAGGUCAAAUCGCAGUUAAAAAAGAUGAAUUGCAGCAAGCAAAAGAACAGAAUAAUAAAUUAUCCUCCGAACUAGAAACUGCCAAAGAAAAGAAUAAUACUUAUUUAGAAAAUAUUAAGAGUAAAGAGGGAAUUAUUAACAAUAAUAACCAACAGAUUAAACAAUUACAAACUUCUCAAACUGAAUUAACUAACACUAUUAAACAACUCCAAUCUAAAAUCAAACUCCUUGAACAACAAAAAGAAAAUUACCAAACUAAAUACGACCAAUCCAUUAAUUUUAUUAAAGAAAUCAGAGAAGAUUCUACUGAAAAACAACAAUUAGCCGAAAUAAGAAAACAAGCCAUCCAAGAAGCUGGUAAAUUAAAAAAAGUCGGUCAGGGCAAAGAAACUAACUCAGUAGAAGUAAUCUGCACUGAACAAGAUAUCUUCCAUUCUAAAAAAAGUAAAGUAUUUGAAGAAAAGGAAGCCAAAACCAUUUCCUAUUUGCUUGAAUUUGUUAUUUACAAGAAAGUCAUUCACUUAGAUAGUCGUUUUCUUUACCAACUGGCUAAAUUAGAAAGUUUGGAUAACCAUUAUCAUAGUGAAUAUAACUUAAAUCGCUUAAUUCACACCCUCGCUCAUGAAGUUACUCAUUGUUUAUUAGUCCAAGAAUUAGAGAGAUUACAAAAAGAUAAUAAAAAAUUAAGGAAUAAUGAUGGUGAAUUACUAACCAAACCAUUCUCAAAAUUGUCCGAAAAAUUGGAAAAACAUCUUAUUUAUUUGGAAGAAGUUAGUAAAAGACCAAAAGAUUUUAUUAUCCAAGAAGCCUUAAUCCAAUAUUUAGAGAAUGCCGAAGAUGUGGCGAAAUAUUAUAAAGAAGAAAGAAAAAAAGGAGAAAAGGGUUGCACCACGGAAGAAAUGUUAAAAGAGAUAAAUCUAAAAGAAAUAGGUGUUGGUUUACGAAUCUCCGAGGCAGUUAGUUUCGAUUUAUCCUUAGAACAUCAGCAAACUGAAUAUAAAAAUCUCUAUUUAUUAAGAGGCAAAGUUAAAGAAGAAAUGAAUAUUACUGAAAAUAUCGAACUAUCUCCUCAUACUCUCCGCCGUUGUUUUGCUACUCACCAAGCCAUUUCGGGAAUGCCAUUACCAGUUUUACAGAAAGUUUUAGGACAUAGCAAAGUAUCCACUACUGCCCUUUAUAUCCGAGAUGGAGAUUUAGUAACUAAAAUCAUUGAUGAACUCUUAUUAGAAACUAAAAAAGCCUUAGUUAAAGGUGAAGAAGUUAGAUUUUUGGGUUAUUUCUCCUUUAAAACUACCAUGACUAAACCUAGAAUAGCCAUGAACUUACAAACUAAAAAGAAGAUGAAAGUUCCCGCUAAAAAAGUUCCAAAGUGUAAAUUUUCGACUAAUCUAAAAGAAGCCAUUAUAGAGGGAAAAGAAAUUAAUUUUACGGUAGAAGAGGGAAAAAAUGGAGCCAAUGAUAAAGAUAGUUUAGAGCAAGUAAAAAACCCUAAAAGAGUGAGUGUUAUGGCAACUAAAACAAUUAAACUAAAACAAUUAAAUUUAAAUCCUUUGUCAGUGGCGAA